UGCUUACAAAAGAGGAACUUCUUUGUGCUUUGGAAGUUGCUAACAUCGAAGUGCCUCCGAAAGCAACUUUACCACAACUACGCAUGUUGUACGAGCAAAGUGUACCGAAAAACAAAAUGGAGGAACAAUCAACCCAGAAUUUCAUUCCUCAAAGAGUGUGUGCAGAUGAAGACGAAGUGACGAACAAUGGAAACCACGUUGCAGCAGCCGCCAUCUUGAUGAAAGACAAAGCUGCUCCGACAUCUUCGACGCAAGGUGCUUCAUUCGACGCAACUUCUCAUCAAUUGGAAUUAAUGGCGCUACGAGCAAAAAUUAUGGAAAUGGAACAGCGGCAGACGUUUACGGAUGGUCGAUUGGUUCAUCCCGAGGAGUUGAAACAUUUGAUACCGGAAUUUUCUGACGGCCUCGGUAUCAAUAAGUGGAUCAAUACGAUUCGCUACAAUAGCGAAUUAUAUGGAUGGCAGGAUCGCACGAUGCUUUUAUAUGCAGGCAGUCGGUUGACUGGAGCAGCAAGCGAAUGGUACAAUGGCUUCCGUAACACUUUGAAGACAUUCGACGAAUUCGCUGACACAAUUAAAAAGGCUUUUCCUGAUCGCUGUAACGAAGCCGUUAUUCAUAGCCAAUUAGCAUCGGUCUACAAGAAAAUUUCUGAGUCGUACACAAGCUAUGUAUACCGAGUAAAUGCGCUGGGAAUGUCAGGCCACGUGAGUGAGGAGGCUAUCAUAACUUAUGUCAUCAGAGGACUUUCUCGUGACCCUCUCUAUGAUAGCCUUGUGACCAAGGAUUACCGCGAUAUUUACGACCUGAUUGACAACAUUAAGCGAUAUGAAUCCCAUCUUCUGUUGCGCAAAAACCCAGAACGCCGCAGCCCAUCUCACAUCAACACCAUUUCCCCGAGACCGAUUCCACCAAGACAAACGACGACAGAACCUCUUCGAUGUUAUAACUGCUCGAAUCAUGGACAUCAUUCAUCGCAAUGCACACAACCUCGCCGAGCUCCGGGUUCCUGUUUCCGAUGUGGUAGCACAUCACAUGUCAUUCGCAACUGUCCUGUCCCAGAUAGACGUCAACUAACGGUUGCUGCGGUACAGGGCAACGACAAUGAAACAGCGCAUCUAGAUUCUGGGGAAAAUGGAAACUUCGUUCAACUUGAGGCCUAUCAGGAGCUCUAAAAGCUUCAUAAAUGAAGCCAUUGUUCCGGUUACAAAACUAAGCGCUCCCCAACCAAGUGGAUUUCGAGGAAUAGGAAAUGUGAAUUUACAAACUCUUGGAACAGUACAGCUAAAACUUAGUUUUCGUAAUCAAACAUUCAUUCACAAUUUCUAUAUUUUACCAAAAAGCUACAUGUCCCUAUCCAUGAUAGUAGGGAGAGAUUUGUUAUCAGAAUUUAACAUCACACUCGCUCAAUUCCGUAAACAUUACAGCAAACUUAUGCUGAUGAAUUUAAAUAAAGAUAAAAUUCUGAACUUAAAAAAACCGGGUUUUUACCAUAAGCUCCAAACGUUGGGUCUUUUACGUAGUUCGAUCCAGGCUCCCUUACCAGAGGUAUGCAAAGAUUCGAAAUUGUCCGAUCCCAAUAUUUCUUCAAAAUUCAUUUCGAUAUCAGACAAAUCUGAACAUAAACAACAAUAUGACACAACUUUUUCUGAAAUGUGUUCUAUAAAUAUUAGCGAUGAGGCUAGCACUAUAAAUGUUGGAGAACAUCUUUCUAAAGAACAAGGCAUUGCUUUAAGAUCAAUAGUGUCCAAUAAUUACAUUAAUUUUCCGGAUAAACAUAUAAUACCAUCUGCUCAUAAAAUGCGAAUUAGCUUAACUCAUGAUACUCCUAUUUUCACAAAGCCUAGACGACUUUCUUUCGAUGAAAGGAAUAAAGUAAAAGUCAUUGUGAAGGAUUUAUUAGAGAAAAAUAUAAUAAGACCCAGUAACUCUCCUUAUGCUUCCGCACUGGUACUCGUUAGGAAGAAAAAUGGCGAAAUUCGUAAGUGUGUCGACUACCGACCUCUUAAUAAAGUAACAAUCCGCGACAACUACCCGCUUCCACUCAUAGAGACGUGCCUAGAACACUUGGGCAAUAAAAAAUUCUUUACGUUACUAGACCUAAAGAGUGGUUUUCAUCAAGUGGCAAUGGACGAGGAUUCAAUUAAAUUCACAGCGUUUGUUACUCCAGACGGCCAGUACGAGUACACGCGUAUGCCCUUCGGAUUAAAAAACGCGCCAGCUGAAUUUCAGCGUUUCAUUAAUACAAUUUUGCGGAAAUUCAUCGAGAAUGAAAAGCUGGUUGUAUACAUUGACGACAUUCUCAUAGCUUCUCAAGACUUUAAAGAACAUCUUGAAAUAGUUAGUGAAGUUUUGCAUACUCUACGAAAUAAUGGGUUGGAGCUACGGCUUGAUAAAUGUAAGUUUGCUUACGAUGAAUUGGAUUACUUAGGAUACAAGGCCAAUCAUUCAGGUAUAUGUCCUAGCGAUAAUCAUGUAAAAAUUAUCAAAAACUAUCCUGUUCCUCAGAACACAAAACAGGUACAACAAUGUUUAGGUCUUUUUUCGUUUUUCCGGAGGUUUGUUCCACAUUUCUCUAGUAUUGCAAAACCACUUACUAAUCUUUUGAAAAACAAUGUUCCAUUUAUUUUUGAUGAUGAGUGUAAAAAAGCAUUUGAAACACUCCGAGAUAAAUUGAUAGUAGCUCCGGUGCUUGCCAUAUACGACCCUAAACGCGAAACUGAACUUCACUGUGACGCAAGUUCGAUAGCUUUUGGUUCUGUGCUUUUGCAAAAACAGGAUGAUGGUAGAUAUCACCCUAUUUCGUAUUUUUCCAAAACCACUUCGGCUGAUGAAGCUAAAUUGCACAGCUACGAGCUUGAAACAUUGGCCGUUAUAUAUGCGCUCAA